GCCGCCCCCUUAUGUGCUUGCUGUGUGCUGUGCUUCCUUGCAUGAGUCUGCGACAUGCCUAAUAAGAGACGAGAUGGGCCAGGGCGACGAGAGCGAUCGCAUCGUGAUCAACGUGGGAGGGACUAGGCACCAGACUUACCGCAGCACCCUGCGCACCCUGCCCGGCACUCGGCUGGCCUGGAUCGCUGAGCCCGAUGCCCACAGCCACUUUGACUAUGACCCGCGCACAGACGAGUUCUUCUUCGACCGGCACCCGGGCGUCUUUGCCCACAUCCUGAACUACUACCGCACAGGCAAGCUGCACUGCCCAGCGGAUGUGUGUGGGCCUCUGUACGAGGAGGAGCUGGCCUUCUGGGGCAUUGACGAGACCGAUGUGGAGCCCUGCUGCUGGAUGACUUACCGCCAGCACCGGGACGCCGAGGAGGCGCUUGACAGUUUUGGUGGGGCACCACUGGAUAGCAGUGCUGACGACGGAGAUGCAGAUGGCACCGGAGACUCUGGGGAUGGCGAGGAAGAGCUGGAGAUGACUAAACGCCUGGCACUCAGCGACUCACCAGAUGGCAGGUCUGGGGGCUUCUGGAGAAGGUGGCAGCCCCGAAUCUGGGCACUUUUUGAAGACCCCUAUUCCUCCAGAUAUGCAAGGUAUGUGGCAUUCGCCUCCCUCUUCUUCAUUCUGGUCUCCAUCACCACCUUCUGCCUCGAGACCCAUGAGAGAUUUAAUCCCAUCGUGAACAAAACAGAGACUGAAUUCAUUGGCAAUGACACCCACGUGCGACACUACAGGGAAGCGGAGACCGAGGCCUUUCUGACCUACAUCGAAGGCGUCUGUGUGGUCUGGUUUACAUUUGAGUUCCUGAUGAGAAUCACUUUCUGCCCAAACAAGGUGGAAUUUAUCAAAAACUCUUUGAACAUCAUUGACUUUGUGGCCAUUCUGCCUUUCUAUUUGGAGGUUGGACUCAGUGGCCUGUCUUCCAAAGCUGCUAAGGAUGUCCUGGGCUUCCUACGAGUAGUCCGGUUUGUGCGAAUUCUGCGAAUUUUCAAGCUGACCCGCCACUUUGUGGGGCUGCGGGUCCUGGGACAUACUCUCCGUGCCAGCACAAAUGAAUUCUUGCUGCUCAUCAUAUUCUUGGCAUUGGGCGUCUUAAUCUUUGCCACGAUGAUCUACUAUGCUGAGAGAAUAGGUGCUAAACCCAAUGAUCCUAGUGCCAGUGAACAUACACACUUUAAAAAUAUCCCCAUCGGCUUUUGGUGGGCUGUUGUCACCAUGACUACCCUGGGCUAUGGAGACAUGUAUCCUCAGACUUGGUCAGGCAUGCUGGUGGGGGCUCUCUGUGCUCUUGCAGGCGUGCUGACCAUUGCCAUGCCUGUCCCCGUCAUUGUGAACAAUUUCGGAAUGUAUUACUCCUUAGCUAUGGCUAAGCAGAAGCUACCAAAGAAAAAAAAGAAGCAUAUCCCGAGGCCACCCCAGCUGGGAUCCCCCAAUUAUUGUAAAUCUGUCGUAAACUCUCCACACCACAGUACUCAGAGCGACACAUGCCCACUGGCCCAAGAAGAAAUUUUAGAAAUUAACAGAGCAGAUUCGAAACUGAAUGGUGAGGUGGCCAAGGCGGCGCUGGCAAAUGAAGACUGUCCCCACAUAGACCAGGCUAUAACGCCUGAUGAGGGCCUGCCCUUUACCCGCUCUGGCACUCGGGAGAGAUAUGGACCCUGCUUCCUCUUAUCAACCGGGGAAUAUCCCUGCCCACCUGAUGGAGGAAUAAGAAAGGACAAUUUAAUACACUUGGCAGCAUUCGAGCCAGAAGGCAAGAAGGCAUCUGGGACUGCUAAUGGAAAUGAAAAAGAAAAGAAACAGAAUCUGAGAGGCCCUGAGGAAUUAUGAAUAAAAAAAAUCAAGGAAGAUGCACCAAAAGGUAUGGCAUUAUUUUUCCUGGAUCGGCUUGACACAUGAUAUACGACAUGCUGGCUCUACAACGGUUACUUCAAAC